AUGGCACCAAGAAGUGCGUCCUACCCCAUUGUGGAUGUAUGGGCGAAUCCUCCUGGUUUGGGAGCUGCUAUUCCAGAAGUUGCCCGUCUGUUCUCUUACAGUCAUUCCGACCCCGAGGUCGCUGAUAAAAAGCGAUCGCCCGAGGAGGUUAUUGCCCUGAUGGACGAAGCAGGGGUUACUCAUAUCUGCAUGUCCGCGUGGAGCCGCCCAGGAAAGAUGAUCUUUUCGAAUGAAGAGGUUGCCGUGUACACUCGCGCCUAUCCAAACCGAAUUUUUGGUCUAGCGGCAGUCGAUCUCCACAAUCCAGUGGAGGCUGUCAAGGAGCUAGAUCAUUAUGUCCGGAAGGAAGGCUUCGUCGGUCUGAGAGUCGUGCCAUGGCUGUGGAACAUGCCACCGAGUGAUCCACACUAUUGGCCGCUGUUUGUUAAAUGCAUCGAACUCGACGUGCCCUUCUUCACUCAAGUUGGACAUACCGGGCCUGCUUGUCCAAGUGAGGUCGGCCGUCCAAUCCCAUAUAUCGAUACCAUCGCCCUCAAAUUUCCGGACUUGAAGAUUAUCAUGGGACAUAUCGGGUAUCCGUGGGCCGCGGAGACUACUGCGGUGGCCUGGAAGCACAAAAAUGCCUACAUCGACACCAGCGCGUGGUCUCCCAAAUACUAUGCCCCGGAAUUCAUCACAUUUGCCAAUACAACUGGCAAGGAUAAAGUGAUGUUUGGGACCAACUUCCCGCAGCUAGGUUGGAAGGAUUGCGUUGACAAGGUCAACAGUCACUUGGUUGGAACCAAGGGGGGUUUACGAGAUAAUGUGUUGGAGGGCUUCAUGGGUGGAAAUGCUCUCCGAGUAUUGAAUUUGCCUGCGGUGGAUCUAGCAGCUCCCAAGUCAAAUCUAUAA